GCAUCAGUUCAGCUUUAAAUGUUAAAAGCGACACAUUAAAUAAAUAACAAUUUUAACUAGUGAAAUCAUGUCUCUGACUAUUACUUCCAGUGUCACUCAUCCUGAGCUCAAGGAUCUGAGCACCGUUCGCAAUGAACAAAAGGAACUGAACAUUUCGCCGGUUCACGAUGUGAAUGUCACCAAAGCCACGGCCACUUUCGGCAUGGGUUGCUUUUGGGGCGCAGAAUCCCUGUAUGGAGCCACCCGUGGAGUUUUGAGAACCACCGUGGGCUACGCCGGAGGCAGCUCGGAUUUGCCAACGUACCGUAAAAUGUAAGGGAGCAAGUUGAGAGCAUUAAUCAUCCAUAUGUCUUCCUUUCACGUCCCUACAUGUUGCAUCCCAUAAUCCUUUCGGAUCCGGUACUAACCACCAAUCUCAACAGGGGCGAUCAUACGGAGGUGCUGGAAAUCGACUAUGAUCCCACGGUCAUUAGCUUUAAGGAGCUGCUGGAUCUGUUCUGGAACAACCAUGAGUAUGGCCUGACCACGCCCAUCAAGAGGCAGUACGCCUCCUUGAUUCUGUACCACGAUGAGGAGCAGAAGCAGGUGGCACACGCCUCCAAAUUGGAGGAGCAAGAGCGCCGUGCACCGGAGAUCAUAACCACUGAGAUUGCAUCCAAGGAGAACUUUUACCCAGCCGAGGCGUACCACCAGAAGUAUAGGUUGCAGGGCCACAAGGAUCUCGCCUCAUCGCUAAAUCUCAGCCCCAAACUGCUGCAGACCAGCUAUGUGGCCACCAAACUGAAUGGCUACCUGGCCGGAGUCGGCGGCAUCGAGCAGUUUAAGGCGGAGGCGGAGACCAUGGGUCUGACGCCCACCCAGCGGCAGUACUGCUACUACCACGUGGAGCAGAACGAGGGCCAGGGUCUCUACUGCUGACAUGGCCGAAUCUGCAUAGACGUUAAGCGUAGAUCGUACACCUAGGGGGGUAAUUUUAUGGAUAGUUUGCUUGUUCAAAAACAGAUUGUGUAUUACGUAGACUUAGAAACGUAUGAAAUAUAUAUGAAACGCAUAUAUUUUAUUAUUAUAAUAAAAAAAAAUAUCUCAAACU